AUGAAUUUUCUCAACUUUUACCUUUUAGUAUGUUCUUUAUUCGUUCUUACCUACGCAAAACAAUCCAAUACUAACCCGAAGGAUGAUUUGCUUCCACGCCAGAAAAGAGCACUUAUUUUUCCACGUGGCAAUCCGACCCGCCAUCAAUUGGUAGCCGGAUUUGGUAUCCCGGUGGACAUUGUUCUAGAAUCCAUCACUAUCGGGUACGUCUUCAAAGCAGUUUACUUUCUUCCCUGGAACGCAUCUCACUGGAUUCCUCAAUUUCUUCGACGCGACGAGGAUUUGCUAUUCGAACCGACAGGAGAAGAAAUUCAACAACAAAGGAGGAACUUUGUGGAAGUGAACAACGAAAUCGAUGCCGACGAUGUAAUCCCCCAGAAGAACUACAACUGGGCUGAUCGUGCCCGAUGGAUGAUCUAUCAGGCCCUCGAGGGCAUCGUGGAACACAAAGGCUUCAACGGUCGUACGUGUCUACUCAGAACAAUUUGCGAAGUUGCAGAGGCGAAAUUUACACACUCCAGUGGAAUUUUGGGCGAACUGUUGCACAUUCUUUUUACACCGUCUACAACCAACGAACCUGCGGGCGACAGCUCAGGGCACAAUGAUUACAGGAGUGCGGAAUUUGUGGCUCAACAUACCAGUCCCCGGUAUGGUCGUUCAGUGUGUUCGGAGAUGUUCAGAGAAUGUCCUCUGUCACUUUUGGAUAUGUUUACUGGUGUGAAGAACAACGGUUUCGGUUGA